GAUGAAUCGAUAAUUAGUUUUCGUUGGGAGAUUGUUUAGGACGUCGUCGAAGGUGAAAUUGAUUCACGUGUGUGUGUUCUUUAGUAUCGGCAAGUCAUUAUGUCUGUUUUAUUACAAAGUUCCGAGUUUCAACACAUUCUUCGUAUUCUAAACACCAACAUAGACGGCAAGAGGAAGGUCAUGUAUGCCUUAACCUCCAUCAAAGGUGUGGGUAGGCGUUUCUCUAAUUUGGUAUUGAAAAAAGCAGAAGUUGAUGUUAGCAAACGUGCUGGAGAUUUGACGGCGGAAGAGAUUGAUCGCAUAGUUACCAUUAUUCAGAAUCCGCGACAGUUUAAAAUUCCGGACUGGUUUCUCAACAGACAAAAGGACGUUAGAGAUGGAAAAUAUACUCAGCUAAUUUCCAACAAUCUAGACUUUAAGUUGAGGGAAGACCUCGAUCGUUUGAGAAAGAUCCGUGCUCACCGUGGCUUGAGACAUAUGUGGGGUCUUCGUGUGCGAGGUCAACAUACAAAGACAACUGGUCGUCGUGGAAGAACUGUUGGUGUUAGUAAGAAGAAAGGAUAAACCUUUUAAAGUUCCGUCUUGAAAAAGUUGGAUAAUAAAUUCUUGUUAUUCAAA